AGAGAGAGAGGGGGGAAGAACCAGAAUGAAAGUGUUGUUUUGUUUCAAGUACCUUUUUUUAUUAAAAAUUUAAUAAAUGUACAUGGCAAAGUUAAUUUAGUACAAACUAACACACAAUCAAAAGACCUCCCUGUAAGGUUGACCUCUGCACUUCCCCAGUUUCCUGCACUACAGGCAGUGACUCUUACCGAUUCCUUGUGUAUCCUUCCAGAAAUUUACUGUUUACCCAUUUCAUUUGUAUGUGCGAUAUUUAUUCCUAUAACAUAUAUAUCAUUUGUGUAAUGUGUAUAUAAUAUUCGUCACUCUGCUUUUUUCAAAUAAAAAUUUAUCUCGGCGUUUAUUCCACGUUAAUACAUUGACGCUCACAUGGUAUCACAAUCGAAGACCUACAAUUUUUAAUCAGUCCCUUAUUGGUGGAUAAUUUUCACUUUCACUGUUCAAAAUUUCACUAUAAUGACAAACAGUUGAAUCGUUCCUGUGCCUGAAAUUGUAUGACUCUUCAAGCCUGAACCACUAUUUCUGUCUGGUUCUCCUCACUAGCCUUUUCUAAACCAGUAGGCUCAAUUCACUUGAUCAACCUUUGGACAAGGGCUUGCAUCUUUAGCAUAUAGAACUUCCUUAAUAAUGACCAGCCUAUAUUAGUAAAAAGACAAAAAGAUCCUAAAUAGAGGAAGUCUGUUUAACUGAGUCCUUUCUUUCAGCUAUUUCUCCCCUCCUGGAUUUUGUGUAUAGCAGCCACGUAGUCUUACGUGCCUAAUUUAUUUGUUCCAUGCCUGGCUUCCCCCAAUCAAAUGUAAGCACGGGGACUUGGUUUUGUUCAUUUCUCUUUCUUGGGGUCUAGAACAAUGCGUGGCGUAUCGUCAUCACUCAAUAUUUAUUGAUGAACAAUUACUGGCUAUUGGAAAGGUUAUCAUAACAUAAAUAUUCAUUUUAUAGUAGUACAUGUGCCGUAAUAGAAUAUAUUGACAUCAUUGUUAAUAUAUCCCAUCCCAUUAUACCAACUGUGUAAAAUAAGCAUAUUAUCUUUGGCUAAGCAAUAUGAAAAAGGUAAGUCAGGGUUAUAAAAUUGCCGAGCAUCACACAUCAGAGUUCUAGUGCUGGGAUUAGACGGAGGUCACGUAGGUUCCAAAAAUGCUGUGCUUUUCUCUGCACUAUAUGACAUUCCCAGAGCAUGGCUUUCCUUUCUUGAACUUCAUCCUACUGGCGUCUGACAUUCCUUAGGGCCCAGAGAACAGUGGAGUCAAGAAAGGUCAGUCUCUUGGGGGAGGGAAGGGAGAGGAACUGCGAUGAACCCAGAAUCACCUGGGGGGAAAGACAGCUGCCAGCCCUUCACCUGGCCCCGAGGACAAAAGAGGCACAGCUGGGACUAAAUCUUCUAAGGCGGGACCGGGAGCCUGGCUAAUCCACCCAGGAUGCUCCCUGAUGCCUGACACAGAGAAGGCAGCAGUGGCCUGACUGCAGGUCCAGCCAGUAACGGCUCUUCCAGGACAGGGAGUGCGACCUCCUGGUUCCUCCUCUGGCUCUUCUGGCAACAGAGCCAAGCUUCCCCAAACACUCGAGGGCGUGCAUGAAGCACAGGGGUCAGGCAGAGCGGAAGGAGGCCGCUGUCCCCAUUGGGCACAGGUCAGUUCUGUGGGUGCAGAAGGCCUGGAAGAGUGGAUUCCUUCUCCUGGGACAAUCGGUCAAAUGGUUAGCAGAGGACUAUUGCUGCAGAAAUUCUAAAGGGACUGGCAAGGAAACUAUUGACGAACCAGCCUUGGGCCACCGUGGUCUGCGCUUCUUCCUCAGGACUACAGUCCCGACAUGCAUACGAAAAUUCUGGCAGCAGAUGGGAUGGAUAAUCACCAUGAAUCUUUGAAGGUGGAUAUAUAACAGUAGACCACACAAGGCCCUUCCUCUCCCACUGAGAUCCUGAUCUUGCCUCUUUCACUAACACUGCGAAGGAGUCUGAAAAACAAAUCCAGAAUCUGACCCUUCCAAUUAAGAAUCUCGCUCCAUGACCACAGCUGGGGAUUCCUUCCCGUACCGUUUCUAUGGCUGAAGGCAACUGGACAAGCGUUGGUGCAUUUAUCCUCACGAGUUUCUCUUCCCUCCCUCCUGGAGUACAGUCCUUUCUCUUCCUGACAUUUCUGUCCGUCUACCUGGUCACCCUGAUGGGGAACGGCCUCAUCAUCCUGGUUACCUGGGCUGACCCCAUGCUGCACAGCCCCAUGUACUUCUUCCUCAGGAACUUGUCCUUCUUGGAGAUUGGCUUCAACCUGGUCAUUGUGCCCAAGAUGCUGGGGACCCUGAUGGCCCAGGACACAGCCAUCUCCUUUCUUGGCUGUGCCGCUCAGAUGUAUUUCUUCUUCUUCUUUGGGGUUUCGGAAUGCUUCCUCCUGGCCACCAUGGCCUAUGACCGCUAUGUAGCCAUCUGCCAUCCCUUGCGCUACCCGGUCAUCAUGAACCCAAGGACACGGGCCAAACUGGCUGUUGCCUCCUGGUUUCCAGGCGUUCCUGUAGCUACGGUGCAGACCACGUGGCUCUUCAGCUUUCCAUUCUGUGGCACCAACAAGGUGAACCACUUCUUCUGUGACAGCCCAGCGGUGCUCAGGCUGGUCUGUGCAGACACAGCAUUCUUUGAGAUCUAUGCAAUUGUUGGAACCGUUCUCGUUGUCAUGAUACCCUGCCUGCUGAUCCUUUGCUCCUACACUCGCAUUGCCGCUGCCAUCGUCAGGAUUCCGUCGGCCAAAGGGAGGCACAAAGCCUUCUCUACCUGCUCCUCCCACCUUCUUGUUGUCUCCCUUUUCUAUGUAUCUUCAAGCCUCACCUACUUCCGGCCCAAGUCCACUAAUUCCCCUGAAAGCAAGAAGGUGCUGUCCCUGUCCUACACUGUUGUGACCCCCAUGUUGAACCCCAUCAUCUACAGCCUGAGAAAUAAUGAGGUCAAGAAUGCUCUUGGCCGGACCUUCCGUAAAACGUUAGGCAUCAGAAACUGCAUUCUAUAGACAUGCUGAGGGACAACUAAAGUUUAUUAAAUGUGGAACUACCAGUUCCAUGUUUGGGAUUCAUCUCUGCCUCUCUUCCCAUCUCCAUAGCACCAAACCCCAGCUGCUGAAAUGGCUAUCGCAAAGCCCAGUUGAGAGAAAACAACACAGACGAGGAUUGGAUGCAUCAUCGCAUGUGCCAGAUGCUCUGCUUGCUUAUUAUACACUUAUAUUCUUCAUUUGUUCACUUGAAAUCUUGGCACUUCUGUGACCCACACAUUUCAGAUGUUUGCUGUGUUAAUACGCACCAAUGUAACAUGCAUUGAGAACAGUAUGAAACUUCUUGUAAGGGGGACUUUGGGACACAAAAUCAUCUUGUCACCUUAUCUGGUUUUGGACAAAGCCAGUGGGGGAUGGGCUGGGGGGAAGGCUAGAGUCCCACCUCCAAAAAAUUCUUCUCAUUCAUUCACUUCAUUUUGCAUGCCUCUGAGGCAGUGUUGGCUCAAAUUUGUUGGUAUUUAGGAUGGGUACAGAAGCGUGGAUCACCAAUACCAGUGACUUUUCCUUUAUAACCCCAACAUCCUUAGUCAACUCCUUUCAGUCUUUUUUCCCCAGGUAGAAUCAUCUGAGUUUCCAAAUUUCUCUCUCUUAGUUCUGUUUUCAGGUUCUUAAGCUUUGUUGAAGUAAUUUCAGAUUUUCAAACAUAAUUUCGAUUAUGGCACUGCUUUCCUCAAGGCUUCCAGUGGAUCCCAGCUACUCCAGCAGAAGUCUUAUUAACAGCUCUGUUAUGGUUUGCUGAGUGCCUUUUAAUUUUAAAACUUUGUGUUUGUUGAUGUGAAAGUGCAAAGACCAUAAAACGCAAUUACUGCCUUCAGAAGUUUAUCAUUUCAUCAACAAUAGAAAUUAGGAAAGAAAAAAAACUGUAAACUCCUGGAGUAACAAAAUAAUAGUACAUCAAGGGACCUCGCCUGUUUUCAUAUUCCACUCUGCCAUUUACUAGCUAGGUGACCAUGGGAACGUGAAUUAAACUGUUUUUGCCUCCUUCUUCCUCUGUAAAAUGAUGCAAAUAAUAAUAGCAUCUAUCUUAGAGGUUUGUUUUUAAGAGUAAAUGUUGCAAGAUAGCACUAAGCAUAUUGUAGAUCCAUAUAUAGGUGUUUGCUCUUAGCAAUUACCUCAUCUGAGUCCCUCAUUCGAUAGCUAAGGAAAGCAAGUUUCAAAGACAUUUGAUCAUAGGUAAUUGAAGCAAAUUUCAGGUGCCUUGAAUCUCAAUUUUCUACUUUUUUUUCAGUACCAUGCAAUGCAUGCCUAAUUAAUCAAUUAACUCAGAUUCAGAGUAAAAGAAUAUUUUUAAAAGAGCAGAUGGAGUUCCCGUCGUGGCACAGUGG